AAAAUCUUCUACAUCAAUCAUGUAAAGUAAAACUAAUAUUACUUAAUUCAAAUGCAAGAAUUACACAAUUUAUUAGGAGUGUUUUGAAAGCGGAACAAACGCAACGGUUCACUGUUUCCGAUGGAACAUUACAGUGUGACAUCCAGAGGAAGUAAACAAAGGCGCUAACAGUGUUAGCUGCUUGUUGAUUUAGCUGGAAAAACAAGAGUCGCUGCGCAGAUUAUGAUUUAAUAUGAAAUGAAUCAAAAAUGUCUUCAGUUGAGUAUCUGAGAGAGUUCGUCAGCGAGCGUCUAACUGCUGCUGCUCAGGAGAUAUUCGGCGUUUUUUAUAAAACUAUCGUCGCGUACGAAGAAGAGAUCGACCGUCAGCGCAGACUGCUGAAGGAGAUCGUCUGGGACCCUGAAACAAAGUUACACAGCGACGAGCUCCCACAGCAACAUGUCUGUAAGCAGGAGGAGGAUCUCGCUGAGCAGCAGCUCUGCAUUCAGGAGAGGAGCUCCAGUCUGGACCAGGAGGACCCAGAGCCUCCUCAGAUUAAAGAGGAAGAGGAGGAGCUCUGCAGCGGUCAGGAGGGAGAGCAGCUCGUCCUGAAGCAGGAGACCGAUGACUUCAUGUUGAUGGCUCCGUAUGAAGAAAGUGACCACAGCGAAGCUCAGACCCUGAACUUCAACUCUGAUGACACUCUGAGCGCAGCAGAGGAAGAGUCUAUAGUCAGCAUGUCAGUCUCAAGCCCCGGGAUAUCAGAGGCACAAAGUGAACUCCAGUUCAUCUCUCACAGCUCUUCUAACACUGAGAGCCGAGAUCAGAAAAGAGGCGAGCACGAAGACUCAGGAUCGACUAGAAAUGUAGAACCGAAACCAAAGAAAAGACAAUACAAAAGUGGGACUUGCGAUAACAAUGUCAACAUCUCUAACUUGUUAGAGAUUCACCACAACACUAACACAGAUAAAAAGUCCUUCAGGUGUGAAAAAUGUGGGACUGAGUUUAAAUAUAGGUCAGAAUUAUGGAAACACCUGAGAGUGCACGCAGACGAGGAGCCAUAUUCCUGCAAAACGUGCGGGAAAGAGUUUGCAUACAUCAGCGGCUUGUUUGACCACAUGAGAACGCACACGGGCGAGAGGCUGUUUACAUGCAAAACGUGUGGGAAAGCUUUCAAACACCACGGUUUGUUGAAAUACCACCUGAGGAGAGCCCACACAGGUGAGAAGCUGAACAUUUGCAAAUUCUGUGGCAAAAUAUUCUCAGCCAUGUCACUGCUGAAAAGGCACGUGAGGAUCCACACAGGCGAGAAGCCGUUUACUUGCAAAACUUGCGGGAAAGAUUUCAGACUCAACAGCGAACUGUUGGUCCACAUGAGAACGCACACGGGCGAGAAGCCCUAUUCUUGCAAAAUAUGUGGGAAAGAUUUCGGCUACAACAGUCAUUUGUUGGCCCACAUGAGAACACACACAGGUGAGAAGCCGUUUACGUGCCAAACGUGUGGGGAAGAUUUCAGACGAAACUCUGAACUGACGGUCCACAUGAGAAGAGCCCACACAGGCGAGAAGCCGUACCUCUGCCAGACCUGCGGGGAAAGUUUCUGUGAGAUGUCCGUAUUGAAAAGGCACGUGACGAUCCACACGGGUGUGAAGCCGUAUUCCUGCGAAACAUGCGGGAAAUAUUUCAGACGAAACGCCGACUUGUUGGUCCACAUGAGAACACACACAGGCGAGAAGCCGUACACCUGCAGAAUAUGUGGGAAAGGUUUCAAACGCAACUACGACUUGACGGUCCACAUGAAAAAAGCCCACGCUGAGGAGAAGCCGUACCUGUGCAACACCUGCGGGGAAAGAUUUCAUUCUGUGUUUGAACUGGAGAGACAUAUAAGUGUGCAUUUGCAGGAGGAUUUUGUUGUCGUUGCGCUGAUAACUACUUCAUUUGUCAAAAACGCAACGAUGUCUUCAGUCGAGCAUUUGAGAGAGUUUGUCAACGAGCGGCUGACUGCGGCAGCUCAAGAAAUAUUUAAAGUUUUUCAUAAAACUGUCGUCGAGUACGAGGAAGAGCUCGACCGGCAGCGCAGACUGCUGAAGGAGAUCGUCUGGGACCCUCAAAUAAAGUCACACUGCACACAGCUCCCACAGCAACAUGUCUGUAAGCAGGAGGAGGAUCUCGCUGAGCAGCAGCUCUGCAUUCAGGAGAGGAGCUCCAGUCUGGACCAGGAGGACCCAGAGCCUCCUCAGAUUAAAGAGGAAGAGGAGGAGCUCUGCAGCGGUCAGGAGGGAGAGCAGCUCGUCCUGAAGCAGGAGACCGAUGACUUCACGUUGACUCCUGCUCACGAGGAAAGUGACCAAGAUCAGACUCUGACCUUAAAUCCUGAAGACGCUCUGAGUGCAGCAGAGACGGAGUCUGCAGUCACAAUAAUAGUUUUAAGCUCAUCAGAAGCACGAAGUGAACACCAGCUCGUCCCUCACAGCUCUGCAGAAACUCAGAGCCGAGACCAGAAGGGAGACCACGAGGACUCAGGAUCGACGAGAAAUGCAGAACCGAAACCAAAGAAACAAAAUCUCAAAAGCAGAAGUCGCACUUACAACAACUCUAACUUGUCAGAGAUGCAUUUUAAUAUUCAUAAUGGUAAAAAGUCUUUCAAAUGUGAGAAAUGUGGCAGCGAGUUUGAUUACAGGUCCGCGUUGUGGAGACACCUGAGAGUGCACGCAGGUGAUAAACCAUAUCACUGCGAAAUAUGUGGAAAAGUCUUUUUAAAUGACCGCUGCCUCCUGGCUCACGUGAGAACACACACGGGCGAGAGGAAGUUUAAAUGCGGCGCGUGCGGGAGAGCUUUCAAACGAAAUCACGAGCUGAAAACCCACGCGAAGAGAGCCCACGCGAGCGAGAGGCCGUUUCUGUGCAAGUUUUGCGGGAAAAGAUUCAACGACGUGUUUUCACUGAAGAGGCACGUGAGAGUCCACACAGGCGAGAAGCCGUUUACCUGCAAAAUAUGCGGGAAAGAUUUCCCGCAUUAUAGCGACGUGAAAAGCCACAUGAGCAUCCACCACUCAAAUGGAAAGCCGUAUUCUUGCACAACGUGUGGAAAAGAUUUCGGAUACAACAGCCACCUGUUGGCCCACAUGAGGACACACACGGAUGAGAGGCAGUUCAGAUGUCACACAUGCGGGGAAGCUUUCAAACGCAACUACGAACUGACGGUGCACACGAGGAGGGCCCACACAGGUGAGAAGCCGUACUUUUGCAAAUUCUGCGAGAAAGGUUUCUGUGAGAUGUCGGUGCUGAAGAGGCACGUGAGGAUCCACACAGGCGAGAGGCCGUAUUCCUGCGAAACGUGCGGGAAAGAUUUCAGACUGCACAGUGGCCUGACGGUCCACAUGAGGACCCACACAGGUGAGAAUCCGUACACCUGCAAAAUAUGCGGCAAAGAUUUCCCGUACAACAGCGACUUUAAAAGCCACAUGAGAAUCCACACAGGCGAGAAGCCGUUUUCCUGCAAAACGUGCGGGAAGGAUUUCAGACGUCGCGACGGCUUGCUGCUUCACACCAGAAUCCACACAGGUGAGAAACCGUUCACCUGUAAAACGUGCGGGAAAGGUUUCAAACGCAACUAUGAACUGACAGUCCACGUGAAGCGAGAACACACUGAGGGGAAGCCCGCGGGGACAGAUGCGUGCUGACAGACGAGACGUUUUCUGAGCAGGAGCCAAAGAAUUACAGCUGUUUUUGGAAAUCAGAAACUUGGAAAAAAAUACGCGAGGAUCGACAAUAAGUCGAAACUCUGACUGAAACACAUUUUUUUCAGUUGUUCAUCUGUAACUGAAAAUAAAUUUAGUUUUUCCCUGAUGUCGAUGUCAUGCUAGAGCGUUUACACGACUGCGUUGUUUACAUUUUGUUUGAUAAUUACUUCUUUUUUGUCAUUUAAAUUUUUAUAGUUUCCUUUCAAUCAGAAAUUCUACACAAAAACGUCUAACUAUAAAACAAGAACAAAAACAGUCUAUAAUGACUGAUGAACAUUUCACAGAUCUCUUAAUAAAAAACAUAU